CGAGAGAGAUAUGAGAGAGGGAGAUUGGGGGGGAGUAGGGGAGAGAGAUUGAGAGCAGUGAAACCCUAGAAAUGGAGAAAUCGAGCAGCAGCAAGAGGAGCCGAGAAGAUCGGGACAGAGAGUACCACAAGCACCGGGACUCCGAGCACCACCGCAAGUCCUCCUCCCACCGCGACCACAGGUCCAAGCGGGAGGACCGAGCCAGCUCCCGCGACCCCGAGAGGUCCUACGAUUCGAGGAACGACGACCGGGAGAGAUCGCGCGAGCAGCGGGAUGACAGGGACGGGGGCCGCGAUGAGAGGGCGAGGUACCGGGAGAGGUCCUAUGAUGGGAGGGAGGAGUCGGUGGAGAGGAAGCACAAGAGGAAGGAGAGGGAGAGGGUUGAGGAUGAGGGAGCUGAUGGGGAGGAAAAGAGAGCUAGGGUUUCUGAUGGGGAGAGGAAGCAAAGGCGGCGGUUCGAGGAUGUGAAUGGUGAUCAGGAGGAGAGGAGAGAGACGAGGAGGUUUGGGGAUAAGGCAAAGGAAGGGGAUUCUGAAAGAGCUGAAGUUAAAUCCAAGGAUGAAGUGACUGGAAACGGUGGUGUCGCGGCUGUCAAUGGUGCAGCUCUUGCAUCAUCAACUAUGAAGUCAAGCAUCGACACCACUGUGACGUCUAGUCAUCCCCUUCCAACCAAGGUAUCUUCAAUUUCUACCACAAAUGAAAAUAAGGGAGUUAGUAUUACCAGAUCUCAUGAGGUUCCUGGCAAAACUAGUACAGAUGGGACAUCUCCUGCUGCUGGAAAAAGUGGAAGUUUAUCUCUUGAUGUCUUAGCUAAAGCUAAGAAAGCUUUGCAAAUCCAAAAGGAAUUGUCGGAAAAGCUGAAGAAGAUUCCACUGCCCAAAAAAGGUGUCAGCUCAAGUUCAGAUGGUACCCUGCAAGCGGUUUCCUCCACCUCGACCCAGCCUGGUGCAUCUGGUGUAGCAUCUGCUUCAUCAACCUUACCAGCUGGUGCCACACCUUUUGUCAUGCCUUCUUCAGGUGGUAAUGUGACUGCUUCUGGCAUGACAACGCUACCCAAUUAUGAAGCUGUGAAACGUGCGCAGGAGCUUGCUGCAAAGAUGGGAUUUCGACAGGACCCACAGUUUGCUCCUCUCAUCAACUUGUUUCCUGGUCAAGUGACAACUGAAGUUGCUAUGCCUCAAAAGCCUACAAAGGCUCCUGUUCUUCGGUUGGAUGCGCUUGGCCGGGAGAUUGAUGAGCAUGGGAAUGUCGUGAAUAUUACCAAACCGAGCAACCUGAGCACUCUCAAGGUAAAUAUCAACAAGCAAAAGAAAGAUGCCUUUCAAAUCCUUAAACCCGAACUAGAUGUGGAUCCAGAAUCAAACCCUCAUUUUGAUGCAAGGAUGGGUAUCAAUAAAGACAAGCUUCUCAGACCCAAGAGAAUGAGUUUUCAGUUUGUUGAGGAAGGAAAAUGGUCAAAAGAAGCAGAAAUGCUGAAAUUGAAGAGUCAAUUUGGAGAAGCACGAGCAAAAGAACAGAAAGCCAAGCAAGCUCAGUUAGCAAAAGCAAAGGCUGCACCUGAUAUCAAUCCUAAUCUGAUUGAAGUGUCAGAGAGAGUUAUCAUCAAAGAAAAACCUAAAGAUGAAAUCCCAGAAGUUGAAUGGUGGGAUAGGCCUCUUCUGCAUUCUGGUACUUAUGGUGAAGUUAAUGAUGGAGCUAUUGAUGAAGGCAAAGUGAAGAUAGAAAAGAUCAACAUUUAUGUUGAGCACCCUCGCCCUAUUGAGCCGCCUGCUGAGCCUGCACCUCCGCCACCUCAGCCCCUGAAGUUGACAAAGAAGGAACAGAAGAAACUCCGCACCCAGCGCCGAGUGGCAAAGGAGAAGGACAAACAGGAGAUGAUUCGACAGGGCCUGGUAGAACCCCCCAAGCCCAAAGUCAAGAUGAGCAACUUAAUGAAAGUUCUGGGUGCUGAAGCGACUCAAGAUCCAACAAAGCUUGAGAGGGAGAUCCGAACGGCAGCUGCUGAGCGUGAACAGGCUCAUGUGGACAGGAACAUUGCACGCAAGCUCACUCCUGCUGAGCGGCGGGAGAAAAAGGAAAGGAAGCUUUUUGACGACCCUAAUACUAUGGAAACUAUUGUGUCUGUGUAUAAGACUAAUGAUCUCUCGCACAAGAAGACCCAGUAUUUGGUCGAUGUUAAUGCAAAGGAAAACCGACUCACAGGGUGUGCCGUGAUAUCUGAAGGUAUAAAUGUAGUGGUGGCUGAGGGUGGGAAGAAAUCCAUCAAGAGGUAUGGGAACCUGAUGCUCCGGCGCAUAGAUUGGGCAGCUGCUGUGAAUGAUGAUGAGGAUGAGGAAGAAGAUGAGGAAGACAAGCCAAUGAAUAAGUGUGUCUUGGUGUGGCAGGGUAGUGUGGCUAAACCAAGCUUUACUAGAUUCUCUAUUCACCAUUGCAUGACCGAGGCUGCUGCCAGGAAAGUCUUUGCUGAUGCUGGAGUAGGUCAUUACUGGGAUCUUGCCGUCAACUUUGCGGAAGAUUAGAUGUAGAUGAGAGGUUGGUAAGAAGUUCUUGAGGUAAAUGCCCUUGUCACAUGCGUUUCAUUGUGGAAAUGCCUUACAACUUGAGUUGCUGAGGAAGCAUUAUUGUCAAUUAGGCACCCAAAGGAGGGGGGUGAAAAAAUCUAGAACGUAUCAUGCAGUUUGUACUCUCUUAUAACUUUGAUGCAAAGCUGCUCCCGCAUAGUAACAAGGAGUUUUUUUUAUUAUAUUAUGAUUGGCGAACCAUGCAACUAAUGUGCUGUAUAAGUAGAUUCUUUUAUUGGUAUUUUGAGUCUUGCCAUAGAAAGUUAGCCCUAUUAGGGACGUGUAAGAUCAUCUGAGUGGAAGCCCUGUAAUGGGUGUUGAGUUCCUUCA